CGAACCAUAAAUCAGACUUUACGCACCGGAACCAGCGCGCGCCUCACAGCGGCGGCCACGCGUCUCUCCACCUCAACUCCCCAGUCAGGGCUGAUGUGCGGGAGCUGGAGCUGGGCGUGAACGAGGACAGAUCCGAGGACGGAUCCGAGGGUUCCAGGCUGGAUUGGUUAGUCCGGGUGUGGACCCGGGAGGAUUAUCUCCACAUGAGUCCCGUCCCGGGGGAUUAGGACAUGGACCUCCAGGUGGUGGUGGGGCUGCUGUACUGCGGGCUGCUGCCCGCGGCACUGCUCGCAGCCUGUCUUUUCCGCUUCAACCUGCUGUCGGUGGUUUACCUCCUCUACCUGCUGUGUCUGCCGUGGUUCUUCUGUCCAAACAAGUAUACAGUUAGAGCUUCCACGGGUCACUUUAUCAGAGCAGUAUUCUGCACCAGUCUGCUCUUUGUCCUGGCUCAUGUGUGUUUCCAGACGGUACUCUACACCUAUCCUCCCUUCAACAUUGCCCUAGGAGAAAACUGUUCACAGUGGGAUACCAUAACCAGACAUGUGGGACUGUCCAGGCUACCUUUGGAUGAUCCGUGGAACAUGCUCCGCCUGUUGUGUCCUGACGUAGGCGUGUGUGUGGUAUCCAUGGUAACCAUCAUCCUCUGCAGCAGACUGGUCAGGAACAGAGAAAUGGUGGUUGCUGCCAACAUUACAUCAAUAGGAAACAGUCCUGCAGACGGAACAUCGGAUGACGAGGAGGACGAGGAGAAUGAGGAGGAUGAGGGGUCAUUAGCUGAUGAAGAUGAAGAGGAGGAGACAUUAGCUGAUGAAGAUGAAGAGGAGGAGACAUUGCCCGGUGACUCAGAUGAAAUGUCUACAGCAGCCAGAGCAAAGCAGCUUGCUGAACAUCUGAAGGCUACGGCCCGGAAGGUUCUGCAUGACCUUGGGAGGAUUCUGGCCGUCAGCCUGCUGGGUUUGGCUGGCAUCACGCUUCCCUCUGCCUUCUCAGCCAUCUACUUCCUGCUCUUCAUCGGCCUGUGCACGUGGUGGGCGUGCCACCUGCCCAUCAGCCGGCUGGGCUUCAACGCCGUAUGUGUGAUGGUGGGCUUCUUCGCCGCGGGUCACAUGGUCUGUCUCUACCUGUACCAGAGUCUGCUGGUCCAGGCUCUGUUCCCUCCCCCCAGUCUGUGGGCCAGACUCUUUGGUCUAAAGGACAUUAUCAUCCCUGGGAACUGCUCUCUGCCCGAUGAGCUCAGCCUCAACGCCAUACACGACUGGCCCGUCUACGUCAACCCAGGAAUCCUCUUCGUCCUCUACAUUACCCUAGCUGCUGUUCUCAAGACAGGAAGUCACGCCCGACCCGAGCAGGACGGCCAGAAGCAGCAGGAGAAGAAGGAAGCAUUGAAUGAUGAGCUGGUGGAUUCCAGCUCCUGGACUCCACAGAGGGACGACAGUGAAGAGGACACUCAGGUUCAUAUCCUGCUCGUUUCCAUGACAACGGAGAGUGGAGGAGGAGCUGCAGCUGCAGAAAGCGAGCCAGUUCUGGGUGCUGGCGGGCCGCCGGCUGCUCAGUCCAGUGAGAGCCCGUUCUUCCUGCUGGGGAAGGUGGUGAUGCAGCAGAGCUACGUGUGCGCUCUCAUCGCCAUGAUGGUGUGGAGCAUCACCUACCACAGCUGGCUGACCUUCGUCCUGCUCCUGUGGGCCUGUCUCAUCUGGAUGCUGCGGGCCAGACGGCACGCUGCCACCCUGUGCUCCCCGUUCAUCCUGCUGUACGGCCUGGCGCUGUGCUGCCUGCAGUACGUGUGGGCCAUGGACCUGCAGGCAGAGCUGCCCACCACCGUGGGAACCAUGAGCCUAAGCCAGCUGGGCCUGGACCGGGCCCAGUACCCCUGCCUGAGGCUGGGAGCCAUGCUUUUAUUCACCUUAACCUUUUGGCUGCUGCUGCGUCAGUCAGUGAAGGAAAACUUCAAGAGGAAGAGCAAACUGACCCUGCCACUGCUAGGAGUCACCACCAGAGAAGACGGUGCUGGUUCUGAGUCGGUGCUGAAGAUUCUGGGUGGCAUGGUGAUGAGCUGCUACGCCAAAUACUGGAUCUACGUGUGCGGAGGAAUGUUCAUCGUGGUCUCUUUUGCUGGCAAACUGGUUGCAUACAAAAUCGUCUACAUGCUGCUGUUCCUGCUCUGCCUGUGUCUCUACCAGGUCUACUACUCUCUCUGGAGGCAUUUGUUGAAGCUCUUCUGGUGGCUUGUGGUGGCCUACACCAUGCUGGUGCUCAUCUCCAUCUACACAUACCAGUUUGAAGACUUCCCUGACUACUGGAAGAACUUCACCGGCUUCACCGAUGGACAGUUGGAGGCGAUUGGUCUGGAGAAGUUUGUUCUGUCUGAACUCUUCUCAAGUAUUCUGAUCCCAGGUUUCUUCCUGCUGGCCUGUAUUCUGCAGCUGCACUACUUCCACAAACCCUUCAUGAGAAUCACCGACCUGGACCAUGUCACCCCCACGUACAAAAAGACAGACAAAGAAAGAGGUGAGCGAGGCAGCUCCAGUAAUGUGAGGAUGACCACCGAGGAGGAAGACCUGGUGACAAACAACGAUGCAGAGUCUGAAGAUCACGAGGAGCUGAUUCCCAGUAAAUGGGGCCUGGUGAUGGACAGGUUGCUGGUUCUCUCCAGGAGGUUCUCGGACAUACUUGACGGAAUCCAGGUGUUCAUCUGGAGGCUCCUGGAGCUUCACAUCCUCAAGAUGGUGGCCCUGUUCACCGUGUGGGUGGCACUUGAAGAGCCCUCGGUGAUGAAUCUGGUCCUGGUGGUGCUGUGGUCUCUGGCCCUGCCCUACGCCCGCUUCAGGCCCACGGCCUCCUGCCUGUCCACCGUCUGGAUCUGUGUCAUUAUCGUCUGCAAGAUGCUGUACCAGCUCAGCGUGGUCAACCCUGACGAGUACUCCCGCAACUGUAGCCUGCCUCUGAUGAAUGAAACCAACCUGUCUCCAGAGGAGAUCAAGACCUCAUCCUUGUAUAAGGAGCCAGUGGAUCCAGCCAAAUGGUUUGGGAUCAGGAAGGAUUCUACUGCACUGGGAUAUAGCAAGAACCAUCUCAUGGUGCUGAUGUUGCUGGUGUUUGAAGCAACAGUCUACCGUCACCAGGCUCACCAUUACCGUCAGCUCCGGCGCUCCCCGCCGCUCAUCCCAGCCCUCUUCCCUGCUGCCACCAGGGACACGUUAGACGGCGGCCUUUUGCCCUGCAUCAAAUACCUGCUCAACUUCACUUUUUACAAGUUUGGGUUAGAGAUAUGUUUCCUGAUGACGGUGAACGUGAUCGGCCAGCGCAUGAACUUCGUGGUGAUUCUGCACGGCUGCUGGAUGGUAGCUCUGCUGGUGAGGAGGAGACGAGCAGCCAUCGCCGGGAUCUGGCCCAGAUACUGUCUCUUCCUGUCCAUCUUCAUGAUCUACCAGUACCUGCUGUGUGUGGGCAUCCCCCCCGCUCUCUGCACAGACUACCCAUGGAGAUGGAACACCCAGGUGUUGAUGAACUCUGCUCUCAUCAAAUGGAUCUACCUGCCCGACUUCUACACAGUGCCCAACUCCAAAAACCUGAUCGCGGACUUUGUGCUCCUCAUAUGUGCAUCGCAACAGCUGCAAGUGUUUGAGUGUGAACGCAAGGAGGAGUGGAUGGUCCAGGCAGGAGAGAACACGGAUGAACCCGAGCCCAUGGAGGGCCGACUCUUUAAUCCUGCACCCAACUUCAUUAACUGCAGGAGUUAUCUGGACAUGGCCAAAGUCCUGGUGUUUCGUUACCUCUUCUGGUUUGUGCUGUCUGUGGUCUUCAUCACUGGGGCCACCAGGAUCUCUGUGUUUGGACUGGGAUACUUGUUAGCCAGCUUUUUCUUCCUGCUGUUUGGGACUAAACUGCUGGUGAAACCAUCCAGGACCCGCCUCGUCCUGUGGGACUGCCUCAUCAUCUAUAACGUGGCCGUCAUUGUAUCCAAGAACGUCUUAUCUAUUCUGGCCUGUGUGUUUGUGCUGGAGAUGCAGAAACGGUUCUGUUGGGUGAUCCAGCUCUUCAGCUUGGUCUGCACAGUUAAAGGAUAUUAUGAUCCGAACACGGUGAACGGAAGCACGUGCAGCCUCCCAGUGGAGGAAGCAGGCGUAAUCUGGGACAGCUUCUGUUUCAUCUGUCUUCUUCUGCAGAGGAGAAUCUUCCUUAGUUACUACUUUCUGCAUGUAACAACAGAGCUACAGGCUUCUGCCAAACAGGCAUCCAGAGGGUUUGAGCUCUUUAGGGCCACCAUCACCAAGAACAUUGAGUUCCACCACCAGAUUGAGAAGAAGUCACUGUCACAGGUCAAAAGAUCCAUGCAGAGAAUCCGCUCCAAGCAGCAGAAGUACAGAACUGGACACCAGACGAGUGAAGGUCCCAGUGAUGGCCAGACUGCUGACAAACAGACAGAUGAGGAUAAAUCGAGGAAGAAGAAGUGGCAUCAGCCAUGGUUAGACCACGCUACAGUCCUCCACUCAGGCGAGUACUACUUGUUUGAAUCAGACAGCGAAGAUGAGGAGGAACUGAGUGCUGAAGAGAAGAAGCCUCAAAGACAGAGCGCUUUUCAGUUGGCGUACCAGGCAUGGGUGAGCAAUGUGAAAACUGUCCUGCGAGAACGGCAGAGACGGCAGAAACACCUGAGACCAAUCGAGACGGGACAAAAAAUGAACCAAGAACAGCAGGCUCUUAUUGUGAAAGGUGCUGAUGAGGAUGUCUUUGAAGAUGCUGUUCAGACUGAUGAUGGGGAGGAAAAGGAGGAAGAGUCUGUUCAUGGUGUGAUGGUCCAGAAGAUCUUGGAUAUUCUGCACUUCUUGUGGGCGGUGGUUUUGGCCAUGGUGGAUGGAUUGACGCAGUGGCUGGACACUCUGACCAAACAAUACAGCGACACAUCCACGGUUCUGUGCAACGAACGCUACUUCAUCAUUCAUAGAAUCCAGCAGCAUAAUGCAGCAGCCGUGCGAACAGAGGACCAGCUGUCUCAGGAUUCCACAAUUUACACCUUUCUGGACGAAGCUGAUGCAGAACAUUCCACCACUAACAGCUGCACACGCAGGGGGUCAACAGGCCGGUCCACCCCCAGGCCCAACAGCACCGGGAAUCUCCUGGGUGCAGAACUCCUGUCCUCCAGCGCUGGACUGCAACAAGACCUGACCCAACAACACCACAGACACUCCAGAACAGCCAGCGAGAUCUUAUCAGAGCGGCAGUUCUUCAUCGAGGAGCUGGAGCAGAGCCGAGAUUUCUUCGACAACCAGAACCGGCUGCUGAAGCUGCUGCUCUCCAUGUACACGCUGCUGUCGGCCAACUCCGAGCUCGUCUGCUACUUCAUCAUCGUGCUGAACAACGUGGUCAGCGCCUCCGUCAUCUCUCUGCUGCUGCCGAUACAGGUGUUCCUGUGGGCCAUGCUGGCCGUCCCCAGGCCCAGCAAGUGGUUCUGGAUGACUGCUAUCGUCUACACAGAGGUGAUGGUGGUGGUAAAAUACAUCUUCCAGUUUGGAUUCUUUCCCUGGAACGGCGUGUAUGAGAUGAUGCUGAACGAGGACAAGCCUUUCUUCCCACCUCGCAUCUUUGGUGUGGAGAAAACUGACAACUACAUCAAAUACGACCUCCUUCAGCUGCUGGUUCUGUUCUUCCACAGAUCGCUGCUCAUGCAAUAUGGUCUGUGGGACCACGAUGGGACGAUGGAGAGUCAGGACCCCACAUCACAGGCAGGACCAAACAUUGGAGACAGAGAUGAAGAUGGAAGUGGGCAUGAAGUAAAGGAAGAAGGGGAAAAACGUAGCACAGAAUCCACAGGGAAAAAGCUGGAUGCUGAAAUGAAGCAACAUGAAAAGGUGGACCCUGCUGAAGCAGCUAGCAGCUCCCCGGCAGCAGAACUACUCAGUGAGUCCCAGGAUGGAGCAGAGCUGCUGCCCCAGGGGAUGGAAGCAGAUGCUGUGAAAGAUGUGGAGACAGGUGGUGAACAGUUGGUGGAAGAAGUGCAGAAGAAAAGCAGCGGCAUCCGCUCCCGCAAAAACCCCAAAAGACCCAAAGCAGAGUCCCAGACUGAGUCUGCAGAUUCUAGCAAAGAGCAAGUGAAGAAGAAGAAGAAAGCCAGGAGGUCAGAGGCCGCCGGCAUGAGAAUCGUGACUGUGGCACAAAAGAUGAAACACGCCUUAAUUUCUGGCGUACAGAAGGCAAGAAGACCAGCUCAGACUUUCCUCGGGAAUAUUCUUCAUGCCAAGAAUCGUGCUGCCACUGAUGUCUACGCCCUCAUGUUCCUAACCGACGUCAUCGACUUUGUCAUCGUCAUCUUUGGAUUCUGGGCUUUCGGGAAACACAGUGCAGCAGCUGAUAUCGCCUCCACGCUGUCGGAGGACCAGGUUCCUGAAGCGUUCCUGGUCAUGUUACUCAUCCAGUUCAGCACCAUGAUCAUCGACAGAGCCUUGUACCUGCGCAAGGCUGUCCUGGGAAAACUCAUCUUUCAGGUGAUCCUUGUUUUUGGGAUUCACCUCUGGAUGUUCUUCAUUCUGCCGGCUGUCACUGAAAGGAAGUUCAACCAGAACUUUGUGGCCCAGCUCUGGUACUUUGUGAAGUGUAUUUACUUCGGCCUGUCAGCCUACCAGAUCCGCUGCGGGUAUCCCACACGCAUCCUCGGAAACUUCCUCACCAAGAAAUACAACCACCUCAACCUGUUCCUCUUCCAGGGGUUCCGCCUGGUGCCGUUCCUGGUGGAGCUGCGAGCAGUGAUGGACUGGGUUUGGACCGACACCACUCUCUCUCUGUCCAACUGGAUGAGUGUGGAGGACAUUUAUGCAAACAUCUUCAUCAUUAAAUGCAGCCGUGAAACGGAGAAGAAAUACCCCCAACCUAAAGGACAGAAGAAGAAGAAGAUAGUGAAAUAUGGCAUGGGCGGCCUAAUCAUCUUCUUCUUGAUCUGCAUCAUCUGGUUCCCACUUCUCUUCAUCUCAUUGGUCAGAUCAGUGGUGGGUGUGGUCAACCACCCCAUCGAUGUCACUGUCACCGUCAAACUGGGAGGUUACGAGCCCUUAUUCACCAUGAGUGUACAGCAACAGUCCAUCCAACCCUUUACUGUCGAGCAAUAUGAUGAACUCACCAAGAAAUUUGGAGACAAUGCUAUGGCCAUGCAGUUCAUCACGCUCUACAGCUAUGAAGACAUUGUGACAGCGAUGAUUGAAGGCAGCUCAGGAUCAGUGUGGAGAAUCAGCCCCCCUAGCAGACAGGAAGUCAUUAAAGAACUACUGGGAAGUCCUGUUGACCUCACACUCCGUCUCUCCUGGAACUUUCAGAGGGACUUGGGUAAAGGUGGGACGGUUGAACACACGUUUGACAAGCAUUCCAUCGACCUGGAGCCUGGAAACCCAGUCAGGGCUGAUCUGGCAUCUCUGCUGGUCGGAAACCGCUCUGAGCCGGUGCUUGUUCCCAAUUUGUUCCCCAACUACAUCCGAGCCCCCAAUGGAGCUGAAGCCAAACCUGUUAGUCAGCUGUAUGACGGUGAUGAAGACGGCUACCUGAACCUGACCCUGUCCCUGAAGAGUGACCGGUCCCUGAGCAGCUACGGGAACCAGGAGUGGUGGGACAUCGCUUUUGCAGGAUGCAGCGCCCCGUCCUCCUGUGGAGUGCUGCCAAUGAUCGUCUUCAACGACAAAGUCAGCCCCCCCAGCCUGGGAUUCCUGGCUGGAUAUGGGAUCAUGGGAUUGUACGUGUCCGUGGUCCUCGUCAUCGGGAAGUUUGUACGUGGUUUCUUCAGUGAGAUCUCCCACUCCAUCAUGUUUGAAGAGCUGCCGUGUGUGGACCGGAUCCUGAAGCUCUGCACCGACAUCUUCCUGGUGCGGGAGACGGGAGAGCUGGAGCUGGAGGAGGAACUUUACUCCAAACUGAUCUUCCUCUAUCGAUCUCCAGAGACAAUGAUCAAAUGGACUCGGAACAAAUACAGUGGAGACCAGGACUGAAGCUCUUCUGUCUGCUGAGACACGACCACAAAGGGAACCCACAUGUUGACCACAUGUGGACCAUACAUGGUUUUCCUCCUGACUUUUAUGAACAGAGACAGUUUAGUGAGAUGUUUGGACAAGUAUCUGCAGCUGCAGAACCACUGGGAUGAAAUCGGACCACGUUUGGACGUGCAAAGCCGUCGUCGGGCCGUGACGACGGUUCCACUGUGGGAGGACGGCAGAGAACUGGAUAUCUGUUGGGAAAGGUUUCCGUCUCCAGGGACAGAACCUUCCUGGAGACCAAAACCAGUCAAACUGAGUUGUGUUUGACCAGUGAAAGGCCUGGUGGAGGUUCUGGUUCCUUCGUGGAGGAUUCCAGGUGGCAGGGACUGAUGCUGGAAGCAGGAACAGUUUACUUUUGUCAAACAUUUUCACUUUGAAGCUGGUGUAAAACUGCUGGAUGAAAUCUGGAAUCUUGUUAAUUGAACACUUUUAUUUCACUACUGAACAUUUUGACUUUGUUCAACAUAUCUUAAAAAAAAUCUUUGCAUUUAAUGACCUUUUUGGGGGUCAAUUAGGGGUCGUAUCAUAUCGUAAACCACAAAAUCAUAUCAGUCCUGUUGCUUUUCUGGCAGGUUGAAUUCUUACGUUCAUGCUUCACAGACGAAAAACAAUAUUCUUCAUCAUUGACGUGGUUUUUUGCUAUUUCCAUCAUGACUUUUCAACAUGUUUUGCCUCAUUCUGUGUUGAAUUAUCUUCUCAAAUUAGUUUUAUGAUCAAUUCAACGUAGAUUUAGACUUGCAACGGUUUUUUUAAACAUCUGAAAAAUGUUUCCACCGUUAAAGUAUUUUUAGCUGUUUAGCUGUUACAGACAGAAAAUGUAGAAAAUCACAGGUAUGACACUUUUUUUAUUCUACAGAGAGAAAAGUUGUGUCAUACCUGACACAAGUCUACGUACACACAGCUGAUACUGUGAAACUGUAAAUGGCUUAUUAAAUGCAAGUUUAUUUUCUACUAAAUCCAGGCUUCCUCCCAAGAGUGCUGACGCUAAAAAAAAAAACCAACAGGAAGAAUAUGACUCCUCUUUUUUAUGUUGGUGGGAAUAAAAACAACCAAAUAAAGGGAUUUGACUUUCCUCUUCUUCAUGUACAGUGAAUGCAGCGUGAUGUAAAGUAAUGGAUGAAGAUAAAGACUGGGAAAUGAGUAACUCCGUUAAUACUUAACAGCUCACUGGACAAAAUAUUUUCAGGUCAGAAUGUCUGCUCUCAUGAUUGCUCUCCACACAUCAAUCAUAAAUCCUGUUAUUUUUGGAAUA